AAGAAAAAAAAGGAAAUGAGAAUUCUUCACUUGAACUCCCAUGCUCUAUCUUCUCUCUCACUCUCUUCUUCCAGCUGCAACUUCAUUCAAGACUCUAAAGCCCACAAAGCCAGCCUUAAAGCCUGUGAGCAUCUAAACUUCCGUCGAGGGAAGAUCAGAGCUGUAGAGACGGUAGUCUCCUCCUCCGGCGCCGGUGAAUCAGAAGCUAUCGUUUCAUCAGAAGAACCUCCUUCCGUCGAUUUUGCAUUCGUCAGUUCCGUAUUAUUUCCCGAUGGAACGCCGGAUUUACACAUUCGUUCAGCCCGUGGUGGCCAGAAACUUAGAGAUAUAAUGCUCGACAACCAUAUUGACCUCUAUGGACCUUCUGCUAGGCCUCUUUUAAACUGUGCCGGAGGAGGAACAUGUGGAACAUGUAUCGUGGAGGUUGUUGAGGGGAAGGAACUACUUAACCCUCGUACAGACAAAGAGAAGCAACUCCUCAAGAGGAAUCCAAAGAACUGGAGACUUGCUUGCCAAACCAUAGUUGGGAAAGAAGAUUCAAGGGGAGAGGUGGUCAUUCAACAGUUGCCGGAGUGGAAGGCUCAUGAAUGGUCGUACCCUCGUGCUGAUAAACCAAGCUGAGGCAAGCAUUGGUUUAGAUUAGACACAUUCAAAUUCAAAGCUAAGCCCAGUGACAAACAUCCUCAUCAGAGAUGUUUUGAUUGCUUUGU